UUCAGUGAAUAUGCAAAUACUUUGAGAUAUAUUAGCCCUCAAACUGUCUGCUCACAAACUCUGAGAGUCCGACAUUGCCCUAUUACCAAAGCUGACAACCAAACACUCGUCAUGAUUGCUUUGAGUUUCUUUCUUUUUGCGUUUGUGUACCUCGCACAUUCCAGUCGCUACUAUGGUUACUAUGCUCAUGGAAACCAAGGAGAAGCUAAUUGUGUGGCAAAGACAACGGCUGGCCAAUGCUGCAGUAUACCUUUCACUUACAAAGGAGUAACAUACCAUUCCUGUACUAAAACUGAUCACAACAAGUUUUGGUGUUCGCUGGACGCUGUCUACAAGGGAAAGUGGGGAAAUUGUGCUGAAUGUGUUCAAAAGACAACGGAUGGCCAAUGCUGCAGUAUACCUUUCACUUACGGAGGAGUAACAUACCAUUCCUGUACCAAAAAACAUCACAACAAGUUGUGGUGUUCGCUAGACGCUGUCUACAAGGGAAAGUGGGGAAAUUGUGAAGCUAAAUGUGUGGCAAAGACAACGGCUGGCCAAUGCUGCAGUAUACCUUUCACUUACAAAGGAGUAACAUACCAUUCCUGUACCAAAGCUGAUCACAACAAGUUUUGGUGUUCGCUGGACGCUGUCUACAAGGGAAAGUGGGGAAAUUGUGCGUCCUCAACAGAAGCUCAAUGUGUCCAAAAGACAACGGAUGGCCAAUGCUGCAGUAUACCUUUCACUUACAAAGGAGUAACAUACCAUUCUUGCACCAAAGCUGAUCACAACAAGUUUUGGUGUUCGCUGGACCCUGCCUACAAGGGAAAGUGGGGAAAUUGUGCUGAAUGUGUUCAAAAGACAACGGAUGGCCAAUGCUGCAGUAUACCUUUCACUUACGGAGGAGUAACAUACCAUUCCUGUACCAAAAAACAUCACAACAAGUUGUGGUGUUCGCUAGACGCUGUCUACAAGGGAAAGUGGGGAAAUUGUGAAGCUAAAUGUGUGGCAAAGACAACGGCUGGCCAAUGCUGCAGUAUACCUUUCACUUACAAAGGAGUAACAUACCAUUCCUGUACCAAAGCUGAUCACAACAAGUUUUGGUGUUCGCUGGACGCUGUCUACAAGGGAAAGUGGGGAAAUUGUGGUAAGCAUUGCAGUGAUGCUGUGAUUAACUAAACACUUAACAAUAAAUAUCUCUAA